AUGGCGCGGAACCUCCCUGCCGGCCCCUGGCAGCGUACCGUCCUGGAUCAACAAAAGGUGAUGCAGUCGGUAUUCAGGGUCGCCCUCGAAGCUAAGAUCGGAAAAUCACCAACACCAGAAAAGACAACUGUCUAUACGAGGAGAUCCCACAAAAAGUCGCGGCAUGGCUGCAGGACCUGCAAACAACGGCGAAUCAAGUGCGAUGAGAACAGAGAGGGUGGAUGCCUCAAGUGCCAGAGUCAUGGCAUUGCUUGUGAUUACAACAAAGGAGCACAAGUGCAGGGCAAGGCCUAUGUCAUCUUGCCCAAGGAGCAGGUGAAUGGUCCUGCUCCUUCUUGCUCAAGUGAUACUGGCUCCACUGAGUCCCUAUCCUUGAUAAUGAAUAACAGCAGAGGAUCAAGUUCCAGAACUUUGACUCCCUUGAGCCUCCUCCUCAACCCGGCCUCGCCUUUUCCGUUCGAAGUCCCCGAUCAGAUAACUCCCGUGGUUCAGACAUUCAACCAUUUCGGCACGGUCACAUAUUGCUCCAUGGGGUCUGAUCUGGGACAAGAGAUCAUUCGAGCCACUGCUUUUGAUCUUGCUCUUGAAAAGCCUUACCUCAUGCAUGCGGCUAAUGGCAUCGCGGCGGCACACCUCUGCCAUCUCCUGCCCGCUGCUCGACAUCCUGUUCAACACAACCAGAAUCAGCUUACCAACUUCUACCACUUUCAGAAAGCUUUCCAACUCUUUCGUGAUGAGUUGUCCGCUGGCGUCACGAAGGACAACAUGAAUGCCCUGAUAUCGACUGUGAUGCUUAUCUGCGUCCAUCAAUUUAUGCUCACCGAACCGCUCCCGGACCCGGGAAAGAGUUUCGUCUACGCACCGGCAGAGCAUCGGAGGGAGCGUUUGAGAUGGCUGACAAUCCAGCACGGAUUCAACGCUCUGUAUGCUGAACUGGGCGAAGUGAUCUGGAGAUCGGUCUGGAACCCGGUUUUUACCGAUUCAGACUUCAAGGAACUCGCGGCCACGGUCAUGACCGCAGAGGCCGGCGAUGAAACCCAUGUCUUGUUCCUUGAAUUGUGCGAAAUUGUCCCUGGCUCGUCAACCGACAACAAUCCUUACUACGAAGCGCUGGAGCAUCUCCUAUUUCUUCGUCGACUGAAACCGGGGAUGAAAACAUUCAACAAAUUGGUGACAUUCGUCGCGGUGGUGGAAGGCGACUAUCUCCAAUUGUUGCUGUCCCGGGAAAAGCGAGCACUGUUGAUCCUGGCGCAUUGGUUAGCAUUGAUGAUCGGGGUAGAGCAGUGGUGGAGCAGUGGGAGGUGCAAGAUGGAGUGUACAGCCAUCACGGCAUUUCUGAUGCAUGAUCAAGAUGAGAGGGUUAGAGCCUUGCUCAGAUUUCCAGCAGAGAGUGCGGGAUUUGAUCCAACCACAGCUGUACAGAGCCCAACUAGCUCGCUAGACAUGGAGUAG